AUGUUCCAGCUGACUAGUACGCUGUCAUUGUUAGGGAUUGUCGCCCUAGCCCUCAGCGAGCUCAACCCUCCCUACUAUGCCAACUUGACAUGGCAGCCAGCUCGUACGCUGUCCAACUGGUCCAAUUUGACCGUAGAAACUCGCACUGGCACGUUCAUUGGCACCUUGAACGAUACUUAUCCUAAUGUCCGCCAAUUCCUUCGUGUUCCGUUUGCCCAGCCACCAGUUGGUGAUCUCCGAUGGCUUCCUCCACAGCGACUGCCGAACUCGUCGAAGAGAAUUGACUCGACUCGGUACGGGCCCGCUUGCCCGCAAUAUGUAUCCUCGAGCGAUGCCAUCUGGUCCGAGUACGAACCAACCAGUCUACUACUCAGUGUCGGCGAAGCCGACAACCAGGGAUCGACGGCUUGGUCUUCUGCCGAAGACUGUCUAUCGCUGGCUGUCUGGACACCCUCGGACGCAAAACGAGCAUCGAAACUGCCUGUGGCCCUGUUUGUGACUGGGGGUGGCGGUGUUAGUGGUGGAAUUGAGAUGGAAUCUCAAUUACCAUCACACUGGGUGUCGCGCUCUCAGGAGCACAUUGUGGUGACGAUUAACUAUAGGUUGAAUAUAUUCGGAAAUCCCAAAUCAAAAGCGUUAAAAGAGACCUCGCUGACCCUGCUGGAUGUACGGGCUGCAGUUGAAUGGGUAUCAGAAAACAUCGAGGCCUUUGGAGGGGAUCCAGGUAAUAUUAUGCUCUGGGGACAAUCCCAAGGUGCCGCAUUGACUCACCUGUACACCCUCGCCUUCCCACACGAUUCGCUUGCAACCAAGUUCGGCAUCAUCUCGCAGCCACCAUCGGUGACCAUCAAUCUGACCGAGACAGACGACGUCUAUCAAGACUUUCACAUUGUGGCACAGGGGCUUGGAUGUAAUUAUGGUGACGAUGCGGAUGCCGAACUCGAAUGCAUGCGCCAGGUCUCAUGGGUUCAGAUCGAGGAGUACAUAAACCGGUACAAUAGCAGUCCAUCGAUAGCCUUUAGCAACUAUAUCCCGGACGAGAGAUAUAUCUUCUCAAACGAGACAAAACGAUAUACCGCUGGCAAAGUCGCCCGAGGACCAGCGAUUCGGUCAGAUGCCUCCAGAGAGCAAGCCAACACCAAUGAAUCCGUGACCAUGGAAGUCGAAGGCGAGUGGAUAUGCACUGCCUACACAGAUUCCAUCUUGCGGUCAUCCCUGGGCCUCGACACUUAUCGAUACAUGUGGGCGGGAAACUUUUCAAACAUCAGCCCCGUGUCCUACCUCGGGGCCUUUCACUGGUCAGAUCUGUUGAUGAUUUUUGGCACGUACAUGACUGACCAGGGCGACAUCUCGGAGCUCGAGGUUGCUACCUCGGAGACAAUGCAAGACUAUAUAUUGGCAUUUCUUAAAGAUCCUUCAACUGUUAGUGAUACCGUCGGCUGGCCUGCUUUCGACGCCGACGCGGCCCACGGUGGGCUCAUCCUGGAGUUUGGCAACGGGACAGCAGUGAAGAAUAUCACGGGUGACUUUCUCGAGGGAGGUUGUUGGAACUCGUCUAUUUCUUUUCCGAUUUAUGAAAUUCAGAAGAGGGCAUGGUCUUAG